UAGUAAUUACCCCUCCCUCGAACUCGCAAUCUCCCGCGACGGCCUCGCUUGCCCCACUAUACAACUGCAUAAGGCUGCACGAUCCUAGAUCCGUAGCAUCACCACACCUUCCAUCAACUCCUCAACGCAACUUUUGCUGCUACGCCACACGCCAUAAUGCCGAUUAGGAUACGCCUGCGCGCGCCCGAUGGCCAACACACUAUCUCUCUGGACGAUAAUGCUGCCGUGUCAGACCUUCUCUCCUCGAUUGCUACGACUACAAACCUUCCUUUAUUCGACCUUAAAUGGGGAUUUCCUCCACAGCCACUCGAUCCGGCACUAUAUGGCCUGAAUACACCACUCAGCGAGACCGAUCUCAAGCUCAACGGCGCGCAGAUCAUGGUUUUGGGGCAAGCGACCGGCGACCCUAGCGAAGCACAAGCAAAGCAGGAGGAACAGAACAAGUCAGCACCGCUGUCCUUGAAAAGCAAGCAGAGCGAGGCAUUGAAGGAGACCCCCGAGAUCCCGCUUCCUUCACGAGGAGGCACAAUGGUGUUGAGGGUGAUGCCUGACGACAACAGCUGCAUGUUCCGCGCUCUCGGGACUGCAGUGCUUUCAUCGUCUCUGGACUCAAUGACCGAACUGCGUUCGCUCAUUGCGCAAGCUAUACAAGCCGACCCCGAAACCUACAACGAGGCCGUUCUCGACCGGAAACCGGACGAGUACUGCCAAUGGAUCUCAUACUCGGAUUCUUGGGGUGGCGGGAUUGAGCUCAGCAUUCUUUCAAAGGAGUUCGAUGUGGAGAUUGCGAGUAUCAACGUGCAGGAUCUACGUGUCGACUCGUUCAAUGAGGGUCGGCCGAAGCGGUGCAUUCUUGUCUACUCGGGGAUUCACUACGACACGAUAGCUUUUGUACCAAACGGUGCUUCGACCAUGGACACUGAAAACGAUGUCAAGCUCUUCGAUUCUGCAGACAACGAAUAUUUGGAAGCGGCGAAGCUCUUGUGUGCAGAGCUUCGGAAGAAGCACUACUACACAGAUACUAAGAAGUUCAGCAUCAAGUGCAAUAGCUGCGGAUGGAAGGGUGCGGGCGAGAGAGGAGCUACAGAACACGCCACUGAGACAGGCCACUAUGACUUUGGUGAGGCCGACUAGGGGAGAAAGCUCGUACAAUGUAAAUAGAG